AGAUGAGUUGUGAAAAGACAAAGUGUGUGGUCUGAGACUCUCAGCUGAUCCAGCAUUUGGAGAGGCAGCAAACUCUCAGAGCUUUUACAGCCCUGCUCACAGAAAACAAGGAGAGAGUCAACCGUGGAUGAUGAAGAAGAAGAUGACAUGCAGUCUGGGCUGGAUCUUUUUCUUGCUGUUGGAGCUCGGUUGGAUAAACAUGAGCUCCAGCAUGCACAGGGAAGGUGGCAACAGGCGGGCAAGGAGACAGUGGGAGAAGCAGGUCCGCUCGUCCUCCAGUCUGGACGAGCUGCUGCGACUCACAGACUUCCCGGACUGGAAGCUGUGGAAGUGCCGCUUGAAGCUGCAGCCGCUCCAGGUCCAAACAGAGGCUUCCUCUUUUCCCCCUUCGGUCGGGUCGCACCGCUCCACACGCUACGCAACGAUACCGUAUAGCCUAGAGAUACUUAAAGCCGUAGAAGAAGAGUGGCAGAGUAUUCAGUGUAUGCCCAGGGAGACGUGCAUCGAUGUGGCCCAGGAGUUGGACUCUCAUACCUCAGUUUUCUUCAAGCCUCCCUGCGUAUCUGUUCACAGGUGUGGUGGCUGCUGCAACGACGAGGGCCUAACUUGCAGGAAUACGUCUACUGUGUACGUGAAUAAAACGAUUUUCAGCUUAACGCCUUUUAAUCUUGUACCAGAACCCGUGCUGAUAAAAGUAGCGAACCACACCGCAUGCAGAUGCAUGGAGCCGGCAAUAAUUCGACGUAACGCUCAGCUACGCAGGCGCAGUGGCUGCCCUCUGAUGAGAGAGAUGUUGGAAGCAAAGGACUCUGGGAGACUUUGUGCUAGUGGAUGGAUUUGGGAUUGUUCAAGUGAAAAAUGCAUACCUUACCCCUCCAGUACAUCAGAGCUUCCCCUCAGGUCCUGGUUGUCGGACUGUGAGAUCGACGUGGAGCGCUGCGAAUGUCUGCCCAGACCUCAGCCAAUUGUGUGGGCACCCACAGGAAUUUGAUAAAGACUUAUUCAGGUGCAAACUGCCCAAGUAGAGCUUCACUGGACAUAACAAUUACGACAAGCUGCUCAAUGGGGAGCAAUGACUAACAUAAAAUGUCCUUUAAGUUAUUUAGUCUUAUUUAUGCAAAUCACUUUAAUUAUAUUAACUCACUCGACCACGUUAAUAGACUGGUUUAACAUGACAGGAUUAGGCUUUCAUCAAUGUACAGUGUAUAAAUGUGUAUGAUAUUGCAUUCAUUAUUUGCGCGCUGAAUGUGUAGCAUAUACAAUAAAAGAUUAUUUUUAUAAUUCCAAA